AAUACUUAUGGUGCUGUGGUUGGCUGCGCACUGUAAAGGUUCAACCAAUUUUUUUACAGCUUAGUGUCUGUGGCUCCGUAAUUAAUUGUAGCUAUCUGUCUCCUAUCGAUGUGUUUUUUAAGACCAUGAAAUAGUUGUUUUUUAUUUGCAGAGUUGCCGGCGAUAGAGAUUGAGACCCAACUGUGCUGCUGGUUACUGCCAUUAUACCUUGCGUGUGAUGUUGGAUAUGGGAGAACGGAAAGAAGUGAAAAUGAUUCCUAAAUCGUCGUUCAGUAUAAACAGCCUGGUGCCUGAAGCCGUCCUAAAUGAUAACCACCGACCAGUCCCCGAGGAAGAGGAGAAGAUGUCUCAGCCUGCACUACAGGACACUAAGUCGGAGAACACUUGCACUAAAAGUGACAACAAUUCCAACCAGGAAUCGACUUGCAACGACGAGAAGGAAAAAACGGAUGAGAAGAAGGAUUGCAAAGACGGGGAAAGUGGUAAAGACGGAGAAAAGAAAAACGGCAAGUAUGAGAAGCCGCCUUUUAGUUAUAACGCUCUUAUUAUGAUGGCGAUCCGACAGAGCCCGGAAAAACGACUAACGCUGAACGGUAUUUACGAGUUUAUCAUGAAAAACUUCCCCUACUACCGAGAGAACAAGCAGGGCUGGCAGAAUUCCAUCAGGCAUAACCUCAGUCUGAACAAAUGUUUCGUUAAAGUCCCGCGGCACUACGAUGACCCGGGCAAGGGGAACUACUGGAUGCUUGACCCCUCAAGUGAUGAUGUCUUCAUCGGUGGAACGACGGGCAAACUUCGCAGGAGAUCCACAACAUCUAGGGCCAAGCUGGCGUUUAAGCGGGGCGCUCGCCUAACCUCUGGCCUCACUUUUAUGGACCGGGCAGGGUCUUUAUACUGGCCUAUGUCCCCGUUUCUGUCUCUUCACCACCCCAGGGCCAGCAGUGCCCUGAGCUACAACGGCACAUCAUCAGCCUAUCCUAGUCACCCCAUGUCCUACAGUACAAUGUUGACUCAGAACAGUUUGGGGAACAACCAUUCUUUCCCUUCCUCGAACGGACUGAGUGUUGACAGACUGGUAAAUGGAGACAUCCCUUACGCCACUCAUCACCUCACAGCAGCGGCGCUGGCGGCCUCCGUGCCAUGUGGUCUAUCUGUGCCCUGCUCCGGGACAUACUCUUUAAACCCGUGUUCCGUUAACCUACUAGCUGGACAGACAAGUUACUUUUUCCCCCACGUCCCCCAUCCGUCCAUGACGUCUCAGAGUAGCACCACGAUGACUGCUCGAGCCACCUCCUCCUCCUCCCCGCAGGCUCCCUCGUCCCUGUCCUGCGAUUCCUUACGGCCUUCCCUUCCCAGCUUCUCUUCAGGACUGUCCGGAGGCCUGUCUGACUACUUUACACAUCAAAAUCAAGGUUCAUCUUCAAAUCCACUUAUACACUAACAAAACAUCCACAUGGAGCAGACUGUAAGUGAACAUUUUACACCCAUUUACCUUGUAAAAUAUCCUAUAAAAGAGAGACUUAAGAACAAAGAGAAAACAAAACGAAAGCAGCCCGAAGUCCAGGUAUUUUUUAUUGAUAUUCUGCAUUUAUUUCUGUGUAUAUAUGUCAAGUGUCGGGGAGGUGUUUAUGGUUCCACUGUCAGCAACGUGCAAUGUGAUGAAAAAAAAAGAGAAAAACGUAUAGGUUUUUGAAGAGGCAUUACCUUUAGAAUGUGUAUUUAAAUAGUGUCUGCAGAUUUGCCUAAUUUUUUAAAUAUUAAAAAUAUCUAAUACCAUCACAUCAGCCACCAGUGGCCAUGUUUGCAGUAUUAUCACGUAUAUCAUGCGUGCACUGGUGGUGGAAAUAUGAUUUGUGAAAAAUUAAAGACUAAUUUUUGUUUUCAUUUUCAAAUAAAUGUGUUUUCAAAAAAUGCAGAAUGCCCAUACCAACCUAUGGCUCUUAUUAUUUUGUCCUCUCUCCCAUUAGGAACAAUUAGUACUUGAUACAAUCAUUUAUAUUUUCUACACGAUACUGUUACUUUUUGGACCAAAGAAUCGGUUUAGAUGAUACUCGAGAGUUCAGUAUUUCAGCAGCAGCAUAAGACAGGGCAGAUAGGAAGGGGACAAAAUGAAUGAAUGCCUCUGGCCUGUGUUGUGCAUAUUUUACUGUAUGUGAUCACCACCCGAUCGCAUUCUUUUUUGUAAUUAGUGACAUGUCAAUACCUAUUGUAAUUAUAGGUUAACUUUGCGAACGUGUAACCCGUGUUGAGCAAAUGCCUCAUAAAAAUAUGGAGUGAUUGUUUAUGUCGUCUCUUUAAAUUUCAUGGUUGUGAUAUUGUGGUCUUUAUUCCCGUGUUUGUCGCUUAAACUGU